GUUUUUUUUUUUUUCAUUUUUGUGUUCUAUUUUCCAUAUUCUAGGUUUAUUUGAGCAUUCAUUUAGGGUUUUUCAUUCCUGUUUCUGCUUUUAUUGUUUAUCGCCAUGCUCUGUUUUAAUUGAUUCAAACACUGUCUACUUAUUUGAAGUCUUGUAUGUUGAGUUGCUUUGGUUUUCAGUGAGGAAUUUCAAACGUUUCUUACGCUGUCUCUGCAACCCUUUUAUUGUAAGCUUUGGUUGAAUUUGUUUGAUUCUCAGUGCUGCAUCAGUUAUAGAUUUUCACUGUGCUUAAUUACUCUUUCUUAAGUCUAAGCUUUAACUUUCUGUUGAAUUAAUGGAUUAUUAUUGUAUUCAACGACCUAUUCUCAUUUUUUUAAGUCUUUGGGUAAUUUUCUUUGAUUUUUCAAUUAUAUUAAAUUACCUGUGAUAUUGGGUUUUGUGUUGAAUCGAUUCAAUGCUUGAAAUUGGAUUCUAGUUUAAUUUUUUUUCUUAUUUUUGUAGUCUCUGGUUCAUGAAUGAUUUACGUGAACUUGUUUUAGCAUUUUCUUGCUGUCUCUAAUUUCUACAAGGUUUUGUGCUCCUCUAUUUAUUAUUGUGCUAUAUGCUAGUGAUUGCUCAUGAAAUUAUCCAAACGACUGAUAUUCUAGGUCUACCUGUGUGAUUGCUUCUAAUAUUGACUCUGUCAAGUAAGAAUAUGUGGUUUGCUUGUAUUAUUCUCUCAUCUACUCUUGAAUUUCUUUGCUAAUGGAAAUACAGUAUUGUUUGCCCAUUCAAUUACCUUGAGGAGUUUUAUCAAGGUCUAGGUUCUUACUUCUAUUGCUUUAUUUUCAAAUUUAGUAGCUUUAUGCAAGUGCUAAUUUAUGUUAAAUUAUUUGGUUUAUAAUAACUUACAUCUAACGAUGCAUUCACAGCUUGGUUCUGGUUAUCUUAAUCUUGAGACUUUCUUUUUUAUUCAGAAUAUGUCAGUAGUAUGCUUAUAAUGAUUUCUAUGAUUUUUCCAAAAUGCGAUGAAUUAACGUCAAGCGAGCAAAACAUUUGAUGUUCUUAAUAAAUUAUAUUUGUUUUUGAAUGUUAUGUUCUUUGUACAUUAUUGUACUCUCUGAUACUAGCUCUACUGAUUUGAGUUAUAAACUUUGCCAGAUAUAUCUGCUCGAGUAUCUUGAAUGGAAAUCUGUAGAAGGUCAAUCUAAUUGAAAUGGCUUCUCUAUUUGGACCCUGGUCUCAUUCAAUUCAUUGUCAUGCUGAUAAGUCUAAUGUGAAGGGAUCUUGUCUUCGGUGUUUCCAGGGAAUUACUAGAACUAUCUUUCUUGGUUCAUUUCCUACAAACAAGAGGCUGCAAUCAACUGUUUGGUUAAGUUAUGAGUCGUCAGAAAGGAACAUUAAGUUACUCCCGUGUGUAAAGUGUUCGAAGAAGGAUGAUAAGCCUGUCAAGCGCAUAUUUGUGGAGCCCCCACCUUACUAUAGCUACAUGGAUUCUACUUCAGGACAGAUGGAACCUGCUUCUGGGGCUCGAGCAAGUAUUCCUGGGCCUGAAUACUGGCCUGAAGGCACAGCUAGUCGAGUUCGAGCUGCCAGGGCUCCUGCACCAACAGGUAAUUCCAAGGGAAAGCCAUCGUACGGGAAAAAUCCAGGAAGUAGGAGACGGAAGUCUAGGACCAAGGAGCUAAGCGCAUCGUCAAACAAUUCAUCAAUAGUAGAAAAUGGGCCCUCAAAUUCUCUGGAGGAAAAUGUAGAAUUAGAUAUGUUGGCUACUGAAACUGUUGAAAACUUAUCUGAAGAGCCUAAAGAUACAUCAGAUGAAUAUGUGAUCUAUCAGACUGAACCGGAGAAAGAAAACAUUUCGCCUUAUGAAUUGGACAAGAGAAUUGGGCGUCCUCAUUCUUUUAUUGAUCCAGAAAAGAAGAGGCCGAUUGAGGAUAUUCGCACAAGUGAAGAGCUUUGGUGGAAUUGGCGGAAACCGGAAAAUGAACAAUGGUCUAGGUGGCAAAGGAGACGUCCUGAUGUUGAUACGGUGUUUUCAAAAGCAAUGGCGGAAACUGGUCAGAUAAAGCUAUAUGGGGAGCAUCCUACUCUGGCUGAGACUUCUCUUGCAAGGGCAAGAAGGCAUAUAUUUAAGGAGGAGAGGCUAAAAGCUGAGCAAGAGAGAUUGGAAAAGAUAGGUCCAAUAGCAUAUUACUCAGAGUGGGUUAAAGCUUGGAAACGAGACACUUCCCGAGAGGCUGUGCAGAAACAUUAUGAAGAAACUGGAGAGGAUGAAAACACACAACUCAUAGAAAUGUUCUGCCACCAAACAGCUGCUGAAUUCCGCAUCAUGAUGGGCCGUGAUGUUCGUAUCCAACGUGAUCCCUUAGCAAUGAGAAUGCGAGAGGAUCAAAUUAAGCAAAUAUGGGGUGGAGAUCCUGUUUAUCCGACUAUAAACUACAUUCAAGAUCCUAAUGAAGUUACUGAUUUUAGAGGUCCUGAGUUUCACGAGCCAACACCAGACAUUCUGGCUUAUCUUAUGGAGCAUGGAAAAAUGAUAUCCAGGGAGGAGCUUGAGAAAAUUUUGGCAAAAGAAAAGACUCAACAACUUGAGCAGAUAACCGAUAUGGAUGAAGCCAUGGCCCAAGCUGUUGACAUUGGAGAAAAUGAUGAUGAUGACGAAGAAGAUGGCAGUGAGGCCGAAGGGGAGGAUGAACUUGAGGAGAAAAUCACUCGGAAUUGGAGUGUCCUGAAGAGUACCCCUGAGCUGAAUAACUCAAAGAAAAAGAAGCCGAAGAAGGACUCAAUGACCCUGGAAGAAGCCAUAGAUGAUUCAGAGAACCUGACAGACUUUUUGAUGGAUUUCAGUGAGGACGAGGAGUGAACUGAAAUCCCGAUGCAGAGAGAGAGAAGAGAGAGAUGUUUUAGACAAAAAAGUGCCCUCCCCCAGUUUUGUAAUCCCCAAUGUCCUGCAAGAGAGGAUACAACCUUGGUGUAAUAGGAAGUUCUCUUUCUGAAAAUUUGUAGUAGUUGCAGGCAAGAGAUACACAAGGUCUUGUCCCUUCAGUAAAAAACAAAACCAUGUUCUUUAAA